AUGACAUCAACCCACACGGACUCAUCAUCCGCUGAAUCCACCCCACCCUCCCCAGCAACAACAAUGUCCCAAGACUACCCCGCAGUCGACAACGACAACGACAAUGACAACGCCAACUCCCUCGACGACAUCUUCGGCUCCUCCCCACCACACGAAAGGACACACCACGCACCACUCCCAUCAACAGCCAACCCACUCACCCAAUCAACCGAACCCUCCGACCUCCCGAGCCUCCGCCGCCAACACGUCACCGCAGGCUACCGCGACGGCACGUCCGCCUCAAAGGGCGCGCACGUGCAAGAAGGCUUCGACGGAGGAUUCCCCGUCGGCGCGCAGCUGGGUAUGCGUGCUGGUACUGUACUAGGCAUUAUGGAGGGAUUGCUACGUGGGUUCGAGGAGCGGAGUGGACCGGGUGUUGUGAAGAAGCCGGUUGUGCGGGCGGGUCUUUCUGCUUCUGCAUCUACGGGGGCGGGUGAUAGUGGCAAUACUGAAAUUGCGGAAUUGCGUCGGCAGAAGAGGGAGCAGCUCCGGGUACUAUAUGAAGCUGCGCUUAAGGAGCUGGAUGUGCAGGCUGUUUUUGCUGGGGCUGAUGGUGGCGCGGCGGAGGUUGCGCCCAGGGCUGAGGAUGGGGAAGAGGAACGGGCGGAGAAGCAGCUUGGGCGGAAGGGGGAUGUUGUUGUUGCGAAGUGGGAGGGGAGGGUUGAUGUUCCGAAGUGGGAGGAGAAUAUGGAGGCUUUGGAGAUGAAGGAGAAGGAGGAGAGCAAGGGCGAAGCCCAGGGCCAGGGCCAGGCUGUGGAGCACAGUUGA